AUGGCUCCUAUUUUGCACUUUGAUAAGAAUCCAAGAGGAAAAAAAUCUAGUUUCUCGGUGAUGACGCAGAGUGAAAAUGAGUUUGAUGAGAUUGUAAAAGAAAUUGAAUGUUUCUGUUCAAUGGUGACCAAAGGGAUGACGAAUGUUGUAAAGAAGGAAACAACGAUUCCAAAAGAAGUGCUAGAGAUCCUUGAAGGUUUCAAGGAUUUGACUAUAGAGGAAUUGCCAAAUGAUUUGCCUCCCAUGCAAGAUAUUCAACAUCAAAUUGACCUCAUCUUGGGGUCUAGCUUGCCAAACCUUCCUCACUAUCGUAUGAGCCCUAAGGAGAAUGAGAUUUUAAGGGGGCAUAUUGAAAAUUUGUCGAAGAAGGGAUUUAUUUAUGGGAUUCAGGUUGAUGAAGAUAAGGUGAGUGCUAUAAGGGAGUGGCCUACACUUAGAUCUGUGACUAAGGUUCGUAGCUUUUACGGCCUGACCACCUUCUAUAUGAGGUUUAUCAAAGUUUUCAGUACCAUCACUGCACCUAUUACUGAAUGUUUGAAGAAAGGGAAAUUCAAUUGGGGGUUUGAGCAAGAGUAG